AUGCUCUACUCCGACAGUGACAAACUCGUCUUCCGCUUCGACGACCACCUCCUCUGGGUCGAGCCCUGGAGCGACAAUGCACUCCGCAUCCGAGCCACAAAGCUUUCGGCCAUGCCCGCAGAGGAUUGGGCCCUUUUACCCAAGCCCGAGGCAGGCAAUCCGAGCAUUGAACUCCCCGAAGACAAAGACGGGGAAGCAACCCUAGUCAACGGCAAGAUCAAAGCUGUCGUCACCAAACGCGGCAAGCUCACCAUCUAUAAUUCUCAGGGCAGCAAGCUGCUAGAAGAGUACGCCCGGCACAGACGCGACCCGACUGACCCGAAAUGCAGCGCCUUGGAGAUUGAGGCCCGCGAGCUGCGGCCUAUCCUGGGCGGCGACUUCCAUCUUACGAUGCGUUUCGAGUCGCUUGACCCGAAAGAAAAGAUCUUCGGGAUGGGCCAGUACCAGCAGCCAGCGCUGAAUCUCAAGGGAAGUGACAUUGAGCUUGCACACCGGAACUCACAGGCUAGCGUGCCGUUUGCACUGUCAUCGCUUGGGUAUGGCUUUUUGUGGAACAAUCCCGCGAUUGGGAGGGCGGUGCUGGGGACCAAUACGAUGAGCUUCGAAGCGUACUCGACCAAAGCCUUGGACUACUGGGUCGUCGCUGGAGACUCACCGGCGGAGAUCGAGGAGGCGUAUGCCCAAGUUACGGGCUAUGUCCCGAUGAUGCCGGAGUAUGGGCUUGGAUUCUGGCAGUGCAAACUGCGGUAUUGGAACCAGGAGCAGCUGUUGGACGUGGCCAGGGAGUACAAGCGGCGGAAGGUCCCUUUGGAUGUCAUUGUCUGUGACUUUUUCCACUGGAAGCACCAGGGAGAAUGGAAGUUUGACCCUAAAUUCUGGCCUGAUCCAGAUGCGAUGGUCAAGGAACUUCAGGAGAUGAGAGUCGAACUCAUGGUCUCCAUUUGGCCCACGGUCGAAACGGCGUCCGAAAACUAUUCCGAGAUGCUCGAGAAAGGCCUUUUGAUCCGACAUGACCGCGGCCUCCGCAUCGCCAUGCAAUGCGACGGCGACAUCACGCAUUUUGACGCCACCAAUCCCGCCGCAAGAUCGUUCGUCUGGGGAAAGGCAAAGGCACACUACUAUAACAAGGGCAUCCGAAUCUUCUGGCUCGACGAAGCGGAACCAGAAUACUCCAUAUACGACUUCGAUAUCUACCGCUACCACGCCGGCAGUAAUAUGCAGAUUGGCAACACCUUCCCCAAGGAGUACGCGCGAGCCUUCUACGAGGGCAUGCAAGCGGAAGGACAAUCCAACAUCGUCAACUUGCUCCGCUGCGCGUGGGCAGGGAGCCAGAAAUACGGCGCCCUCGUCUGGAGCGGCGACAUUGCCUCGUCCUGGUCAUCGUUCCGUAACCAGCUCUCUGCAGGCUUGAAUAUGGGCAUGGCCGGGAUCCCGUGGUGGACGACUGACAUCGGCGGCUUCCACGGCGGAAACCCAGACGACCCUGCCUUCCGCGAGCUCUUCACGCGGUGGUUCCAAUGGGGCACAUUCUGUCCCGUGAUGCGUCUACAUGGAGACCGCGAGCCUAAACCAAAAGACCAGCCCACAGCUCCCGGUGCCAAUAACGAGAUCUGGUCGUAUGGCGAGGAGGUGUACGAAAUCUGCAAGCGGUACAUCUUCAUCCGCGAGAAGCUGAGACCGUACACGCGGAGUCUGAUGAAGGAGGCGCACGAGAAGGGGACACCAGUCAUCAGAACCCUUUUCUACGAGUUCCCAGAUGACAAGCGCAGCUGGGAGGUCGACUCGGAGUAUCUUUUCGGCGCGCGGUACCUCGUCGCCCCUGUUCUGGAGGCAGGGCAGCGGAGGAUCUCCGUGUAUUUACCCGCGGGUGCAUCGUGGAGGAUCUGGAAUGGGGACGGAGCUGAGGGUGAUGAGGGCGAGGAGUACGAGGGAGGACAGGAUAUCGAAGUCGACUGUUCCAUUGAGUCGAUGCCUGUUUUCGCAAGGGUGUAG